CUCCCAGACAUACAAGCAAUGGCCCGUGGUGCCGGUGCUCGUGGCGGCGGCCGCGGCGGUCGCACCGCCGGCCGUGGAGGCCGAGGAGGCUCCGGAGGCAAUGGCGGCGGCGGCCGCGGGCAGGCUGGGGCGCCUUCCCAAGCUGGCCCAGGCCCUGCCGCGCAGCUCCCGACCACCGAUGCCAACGCCUCCAUCGUGAGCAGGGUGGUCGAGGCCAAGGCCUACUUGGAGUCGCUGGCCCCUUUCAGUGACAUCCAUCGAGCGCUGCCGGGCGACAUCGCUGCUGGUGAUGGCCACAUGGCCGCGUAUGAUGGCGAGUCUUGCGCGACUGCGCUCAAGUCUCUUGGCAAGUAUAUCGCUGGCGGCAACUUGUGGUGGGUAGAUCUGACGUCCUCGCUGAACAUGUCUUCGGUCCCGGUGAACGUGGCGUCCGUGGAGCGCCUCGAACAGGACCUGUUCAGCGAGCCUCCGACUGUGUUCCCCGACAACAUCACGGUGGGCGUCUACGAGCCUGCAGACCCCUCCCAGACCUUCGGCCGCCUGAUGCGGAUCAGCCCAGAGGAUAUGGUUUUCGCCUUCUACCUGGGGGCCGCGAAGCACUUGAAGGACAGCCAGGGGGAUGAGCUUAUGGACAGGGCCACCUUGUGGCGUCGUGCGGCCCUGUCAGUGCCACUGGAGUUCGUGAUGUGCGAGAACGUCAAUGACCUCUACUGGAAAUCAAUAAAUCUGCGUGAGUCCAUUGGAACGAAGUACGCCACUAUGUACCGGUCCCCAGUCCAGCGCAUCUUUGAACUGGCGAUCUGGAAAGAGAAGCAGGAAGCUGAAACUGGGACCAACAUGGACCCCGAGGCUAUCUCCAAGGCGUGGUCGGAGAAGGUCCAGCUCAGCCCGAUGGCGGAGGCCAUCUCGCCAGGCAUGGUGGACGCCUCCAUGACAGUGUGGAAUCGCCUUUUGUGCGAUCCUGAAUGCCGGUCGGUGGUCAUGGAGGCGGAGUCUUUCUGGGGCAAGCACACGCCGUGGGAUUCUGUGUAUAAAUUGGAAGCUGUGGUCAAGAAGGUUGGCCGCUCGGACACAUCCUUCACCAACGCGAGGUGGAUCCUGCACGCUGUCUCAGAUGAGAUCAAGAACGGCACGCACCAUCAGUCCUACUUUAGUGUCCGCAUGCUCUCUGGCAAAGGUCAGGCUCAGAACAAAGGGGCGUGCGACAUCUACAUGUACCGCAGGUCCCUGAAGCAGCACUGCAUCAGCUCCAUCCUCGGCGGCCUCAGUUUCCAACCUGACAUGAAGGAUCAAGUAUCUGGUUUGUUCUCAUCCCACGCCGUGUAUCGGUCGUGGUUUGGCUACGACAGCCAGACAGUGAGCCGCCAGUGGCUGCACGGCUUCCCCAAGGCCUUGCAGUACCUCAUCAUAUUUAUCGGGGAGAUUGUUUACGGGGUCAAGUACGACACAGCCAUCCGCAGCGGCACCAGGUUCAACACCACGUGCGAAGAGUUCUUUGAGAAGGACGAGGUGAAAGUUGACCUUGACAAGCUCCUGUCAGGGUGCCACAGCCACCUUGGCACGAUUCCAGAGUCCAGCAGGCCAUCGGUCCCAGAGGUUCCCAUGGAUGAGGCGGCCGAGCAUGCCGUGGCCAGCGGCUUCGUGGUCGACAAGCAGGAUGCGGCAACGCUCGCCUCCACCCUGGGGGACCAGACUGCUGGCAUCAAGGAGGCGCUGGAGCAGAAGUUCAAAGUGUUGGCCAAGCUGUCUUCGCUGAGUGACACUGACAAAGAUGAGUUGCGCCAGCUUGAGAAGUUGGCCUGUCAGAAGGUGGCGGAUCAUUGCUCUCUCCUGGUGGAAGGGAACAGCCCUGCGACGUGCGCGCGGGUGAUGGGCGGGUCGUUCGUCGGCACCCUGCGCGGAGACGACAACAAGAAGAUCCUCGUCGUGUACGACAACAAGUUGGCCGGGGAGAGCGUCUCCACGCCUCACCUGAGGCUGCCGCCGUUCAGGGCGGAACGCCUCAAGAAGCUCAUUCAAUGGCU